AUGUCAAGGAUCUGCGGUGAUCGAGAGCAUCGUCACGUGAGCUCUUUUGAAUUUCUUUGAAAAAAAAAGCAUUCUCAGAAUAUUUGAAUCUCUCAGAAGAAAAUGUCGAACAUGACGGAGAAAAUGAUGAGAAUUGUGAAUAAAUAUGAGAAGGAUACGGUCAAAAAGCGGAAAGUACUACGAGAUGUUUUGUACGAUUGCAGGACAAUAGGAGACAUUUUCCAGCUUCAGAAGGUUCGCCAUCACAAGCUUAAAUAACAACAAAAACAUCUCAGAUGGAAGAACCUCCAGUGCUUUCCUCAUUAAAGAAAGUUCUUCUUCCCUUCGUUUGA